UGCAGGCACCAUUGUGUACAGCCUAGUGAAUAGAGUUGCUGAGGUGACAAACUUUCACAAUGUCUGCUGAAAAGAAAGAAGAUCCAGUCGAAGGAGAGGAGGAGGAGGAAGAAGAAGAAUUCACAGUUGAAAAAGUUGUCGACUCUCGGAUGCGUGGUGGAAAGAAGGAAUAUUUAUUGAAAUGGAAAGGCUAUCCAGACUCUGAAAACACAUGGGAACCAGAAGAGAACUUAGACUGUCCAGACUUGAUCUCAGCGUUUGAAGAGAAAAAGAAAAAGAGAGAUUCUGAAAAAGGCACGAAAAGAAAAUCCACCACAAACGGAGCUAAAGAUGACCCUUCAAAGAAGAAAAAGAAGGAUGUUGGGAAAUCAGGGGAUGGUGACAACAAGCCUCGGGGAUUUGACAGAGGGUUAGCGCCGGAGAGAAUUAUUGGUGCGACAGACAGCAGUGGAGAGCUCAUGUUCCUCAUGAAAUGGAACGGUAGUGAUGAAGCAGAUCUCGUUCCGGCUCGACAGGCAAACGUAAAAUGUCCUCAAAUCGUCAUCGCGUUUUAUGAGGAGAGACUCACCUGGCACACGCACAAUGAUAACGACGACGACGACAAGAAAGCCGAGGGUUGAGGAUCUCCAGCAGACAACAGGGAAAUAUUACUUUUGGGUGGGUCAGUGGGUGGAUAUUGUAUAAUUUAGCAUUCAUUCUCUCUCUCUCUCUCUGGCUGUCUCUCUCUUUUACUCUCUCCAUCUCUUUCCUCCUUCAUUUGCUUUUCUCCUUGAUUUGUGCACCUAGGCCAAUUGGAGAUGAACCUUUUCGCACUGACCGCGCCACAUGAGCGCUGUUUUUCACUCCGUGAGAUGCAGAGAGCUCCACUAUGGUGCUGGCAGACGCAUGACCUUUUCACGUAGUCCCGUGCCGCCCUGACACUCAGGUAGUUGUGUUUGCCACAAUGUGCUUGCUUUUUCAGUUAUUUGACUUUGACACUUUCAAAAAGUAUUUACAUAUUUUUUCCAGGAUUGUUUCGUCGAGUCAGUUGCCUGAGCGUUUUUUGGUUUACAAGCAAAUGUCUAAGACCACUCCACUUAAACAACACAUUUGACUAAAGCGGUGAAAGUUUUUUUCGUUGAAAAUGCCAGGAAAUUGCUAAUAUUUAAAGAAUAGCGCUCAGAAAGUAAUAGUCUUUAAAGUGUGCACCUUGAACGCUGGAGUGUGCGAAAAGGUUGAAAUACAGUAUGUUGAGUAGAUCAGGUGUGAGUACCUCUCCACUGGUAUAUUUCAUUUGUUCUAGUUCGAAGCCUGCUGUCUAAGUUGAGAAGAGUAAGAAGGCAUGCAUGUGUGGAAAGAUGAUCCUGAAAAAAAAAA